UUUUGUAAAUUUUGAACUGCACAUGUUGGGAUAUAUAAAAUCCGGAUGAGAAUUCGGACGAAAAAUGUCAUACAACUCUCUACCACCGUCAAGACUAAUUAAUGUUGGACAGAAUGGAGUUGGUAGAUAUGUUUGUCAGCUUAUGAGAAUAACCUUCAGAUUCUGUAAGCACAGGUCUGACAGUAGAGGCAUGAGAGAUUUUGUAGAGAAUUAUCUUGUGGACUUUGCCAGGAAAUAUCCGAACAUAGUGGUGUAUGUAAAACCAACCCGCCAUCGAGGUGCUAACAUUAGGGCAGAUUACUUAAAUGGGAAUUCUCAUAAGACUGAUAUGAGGGGGAUGAACAUGGAUGAAAUCUGUAAGUGGGUGGAGCUAGCCAGAACUCGCUCAGGGGUGGAUAUAGUCAAGAAAACCAAACCGUUCCAGACUCACAACCCCAGCAUUCAGGGGGUGUGGCAUCCAUUUCUAUUCAAAGAUCCAGCUGUGAAUUUAAUGACAUUUCCAGAUCCAAACUAUGGCAGAGUUACUGUGAAACAAAUGACUGCUACAGAAAGGGUUCUACAAUUAGCAGAGAGGAUGAAACAGUUAGAGGUUCAGAAUGGACCAGAAAGUAGUGAAAGUGAUCAUGUUGAAACUGGUGAAAGUAAAGUCUGAUCUAUUUUAUACUUGACAUACUCUUGAAAUAAAAUGUGAUAUUAACAAAUAAAAUUUUUUGUGAUGGAAUAA